AAACAAACAGCGUCAUACAAUACACUGAAAAUUUGCAUAGCUUCAUUUAAAAUCACUUCUUCUAAAAUGUUGUUAAAAGUUUCCUUUACGUUCUGCAGUGCAAAGAGGAAAUACGAGUUCCAUGAUGCAAUUGCGUUGUUGGUUCUUGUACAGAACUACGUUGGUGGAAGAUGUGUGACAGUUACGCAGAUACAUGUUGCUUCGCGAACAUUGUGUCAUACAACAUUGUACGAGGAUGUACGGGUAGGAAUGGAGGGAGAGAAAGAGACAGAGUGUGUGAGGAAAGAGAAAGACAGGAAAAACAACAAUGCAGAAAAGCGCUUCGGAAAGGCUUUCAGUUCCAUGUUCGGUUAUGGAGGACCUACUGAAGAAUGCUUUGAAGACAACUAAGUUGAGAGGCACUGGCAUUGGAGGGUCAGGCUGCAUUAACACUGGAGAGUGUUAUGACACAGAUACAGGACAGGUGUUCAUCAAACGAAACCCUAAACCAAUGGCCAGGAUGAUGUUUGAUGGAGAGUGGGCAUCCUUGGACACAAUCAUGCGGACGGACACUGUCAGAGUACCGAAGCCACUAGCUAUAGUAAACAAUCCCUCUGGGGGAGCAGCACUGGCCAUGGAAUACGUAAAGAUGAGGCCCCUCGUGAAGCAUGCCGCGCAGCUGGGAAAACUGCUGGCCAACAUGCACCUGGACAACGAGCGGAAGUGGGACAAAUCUCAGAGCAGCAGCGUGCACGACAGGCAAGAAGACUUUGUGCAACAGUUUGGCUUCCACAUUACCACUUGCUGUGGGUACCUGCCGCUGGAAAACAGUUGGAGUUCGGACUGGGUGGAAUUUUUCUGUCGUCAGCGCAUCGACGUCCAGAUCAGGUCAGCCCAAGAGAAGUACGGUGACAGAGAGGCCGGCCAGCUAUGGGGCUUGCUGGAACGUUCCGUGCCGAAACUGUUUGAGGAAUUGGAGCCUAUUCGUCCCGCACUGCUUCAUGGGGACCUCUGGGGAGGAAAUGUAGCAGAAACAGAAGAGGGACCCAUUAUCUACGAUCCCGCUGCAUUCUACGGCCACUCAGAAUUCGACUUGUCUAUAGCCAAGCUGUUUGGUGGUUUCGAGGAUAAUUUUUACAAGGCGUAUUUUAAGUGCAUCCCUAAGGCAGUUGGUUUUGAGAAGAGGCUUCAGCUCUACCAGCUCUUCCACUACCUCAACCACUGGAACCAUUUUGGAGGAGGGUAUCGGAGCUCUGCCUUGGCCACCAUGAAGAGAUUAGCUAAAUAAAUAAAUAAAGAUUUCCAGCGUGUUAACACUUUA